AUGAAGGGGAAGCAAUGCGAGUGCCUUUGGUGCGAGAAAAAUUCUGCCUUUAGUAGUAGCCGGUGCACCGCGCAUCUCGCCAAAUGGAACGACACGAACGUGCGCCGCGAUGCCGGGAUCGUUUGCGCGAAGGUUCCUAAGCGCGUUUCCAACAAAAUUCGCAACGAGAAGGAGUCGAAGAUUACGGCGCGCAAGGAUAAGGAGAGGGCGAUGGAUGCGGCGCUCAAUGCAGUCCAAGGCGGAGCGGGACCGAAGGCAAAGAAGGGGCGGAUGGAGGAUUGGUACGACGAGGGGGGGAUUACGGCGAAGCGUGCGGCGGACGAUGCGAAUUGCCUCUGGAUUGCGGGGACGCGCACGGCGGAGUCUAUGUGCGAGCACCCCCUCUUCCUCAACAUGCUCCGCGCCGUCAACGCCGCCGGACACGGCUACGUCCCCCCCAGGCGUGGCGUCGUUGGAGGCGCGGGGCCACUGGCGUGCAAGCAGCAGAUUGAGAAGGGGUUGGUGCCCAUUACGAGGACUUGGAAGGAGAUUGGCGUGACGAUCGCCAGCGACAUGAUGAGAGACAAGAGCGGGUGCGUGCAGAUGAACAUCAUCUGCAUCAACGCCGAAGGCGCGGUUUUCCAGGAGGCGGUCGACUGCAAGGCGGAGACAAAGACUGGAGCUUUUAUCGUGAGCGUCCUGCAGCCGAUCAUCGAGAAGGUUGGACCAGAGCACGUCGUCGCGAUUUGCACGGACGGUGGCAGCAACUACGUGUCCGCCGGCAAGCAGCUGCAGAAGAAGUACCCGCACAUCGAGAUCGUCCCCUGCGCCUCUCAUGUGCUCGACCUGCUGUUGGAGGACUUCGGCAGCAUGGAUUGGGCGCAGGAGGUCAUGCCAGUUGCGACCGGCAUGAUCUCAUUCGUGCGCAGCCACACGUGGACGCGUGCCUUCCUGCGGUGUCCGGAGCUGCACGGCGAGAAGAAGUCGCUGCAGCCGCUGCGACCGGCGGGCACGCGCUUUGGGACGCAGUACAUUGCGGUUUCACGUCUGCGUGAGAUUCGCCCGCAGCUGACUACGAUGGUGACGCAUAUGGACUGGGAGGAGAAGGGGAGGAUGCAGCUGACUGGCAAAACCUUUGAGGUGACAGUAUUGGAUGUGGAGUGGUGGAAGAAGGUGGAUACCUUCGUCAAGGUGAUGGAGCUGCCGUACAAGGUGAUGAGGAAGACGGAUGGGCCGGCGAAGGGGAUGAUGGGGGCAAUGUACGACAUGAUGUUGCAGCUGACGGUCGACUUGGGGAAGCUGCUGGAGAGUGCGGAUUGCCAGCUCAGCAAGGAGGGUAAGGAGGGUUUGCAGGAGCAUUUGAGGCGGCGUUGGGACGAGAGUUUGGCCUGCCCUCUUCACGUGGUAGGCCGGAUUCUGAACCCGGUCAACCAGGAGGAGGGGAUUUACCUCAAAGACAAGGAGUGCACCAGGGUGAUGAAGGGCUGGCUGCAACGCUCGAGGGCUUUGGUCGACAAGUACUGGAAGAAGGACGGCGAGACGAACGGAACAAUGAAGGCGCUGCAGGAGGGGAUGCUGGCGUACAUUGAGUGCAAGGGGUCCUUUGGGUCGAAGGAGGCGAUAGAGGGGCGUGAGGAGCUGAAGGCAGGGAAGGGGGACAUGGUGACGUGGAGGAAGGUCAAUGGCUGGGAGUAUAGGGAGCUGGCAGGCCUUGCGUGCCGUGCGGUGGCACAGGCCGUUUCCGCUUCUCCGUGCGAGCGAGGAUGGGCAGUGUGGGAUGGGGUGCACAUGGCGCGUAGGAACAGGCUGGGGUCGGAGAAGGUGCGCGACCUGGUGUUCGUGGCGCACAACUGGACGGUUGUGCACGGCCACCACCAGGGUGCAGCUGGUGGUGCAGGACCAAGUGGGGAAGUCAGGAAGGUGGGGGUAGUGGAGGGAAACAUCCCCACCCCUCCCCUCCCCAAGGGAUACAAGUUGGAGGAGGAUGGGGAGAGGGAGGUGGACGAGGACGACCCGUUCUGCGUCCUACAUCUGGACGCAUGCGUCCAAGACGCAGGACACGUCUUCCGCAACUAA